CCGGCGCGAGUACACUUCAACAUGGCCGACAUUGAUGCAGUGUGUUUUGCAAGGUUUAUUUUGGUGAUAAUUUGAGCUGAAUGCAAUUAUUUGCAAAUCCAGUGUGAAUAAGUAUUACUUUUGCAUAUCAAUGACACUCAGAUUUGUAUGUCAGUAGAAAGUAUGCCCGCAUUUACAACGUAAUUCCCUUUUUUGUGUAAGACACCUUCACAGCGUUCAGCAACAUGGCGGCAUCCCCAUUGAAAACUAGUGAUGAAAACUUGGAACGCAAAUUUGAACAGGUCUCAAAUACACAGGAUGGCGUGCAAGGUUUAUCGCUGUGGAUCAUUCACCACAAAUCUUCCUACAAAAGAGUGGUCGAUAUAUGGCUGAAGGUUUUGAAGAAAUCAACGACAAAACAUAGGCUAACACUCUUCAAUGUUUGCAAUGAUGUGGUCCAGAAUGGUAAAAGGAAGAAGGCAAUGAUUUACUUGGAAGGAUUCAAGGAGGUACUGAAGGAAGCGAUGUCACUAGUCAGGGAUGACAGCAUCAGAAACAAUGUAACAAGGAUAUUGAAAAUAUGGAAGGAAAGAAGUAUCUUCCCUGCAGCUUUUGUUACAGAGCUUCAGGAUACCUUGACAACUACAUCACCUUUCUCUGCUGUGCGUCCAUCACCAGUGGUAACCAAUGCUCCAACUACAUCAAUAUCAGCAGCUGCUGUAGCACCUACAGCUACGAGUCAACCCACACCUACGAGUCAACCCACACCUACGAGUCAACCCACACCAGUCCACACCAGAGCCAAGGCUGAUCCAAAGAUUCUUGCUGAUUUCAAGCCACAAACCCUUAUUGAUCGUAUCAACAAUUUCAAGCGUUUGGAAGGAGAGGUGGAACUUAAAUGUAAACAAUUGUCAAGUCUCAAGCUAGACGCCUCCAGUAUAGAAGCAAUCAAACAACUAAAGGAUCGGUCCCAUGGAAAGCAGUUCUCCAAACAGUUUGAAGAUUCCAGUCACAAACUGGAGGACUGGGUGGCACACGCAGAGCGGGAGAUCAACGAUAGAAAGUCUCUCAUCCAACUGAUGGAGCAGAGUGAACUCUUCUACGACGAACAGUACAGGGAGGCAAAAAUUGUAGCCAAUGCCUAUAAGAAUUUUGGAACAAGAAUCAAUAAUUUGAGGAAGAAGUUGGAUGACUUGAAGGGAUCACUGCCUAGUCCGAUUCCGUCUCCUUCCAUGGAUGCUCCUUCUCCAGGGAACACACCGCCCCAGCUCCAAGAUGACGACAAUGAGGCUGUGGACAUGGAAUUGGACGAAGAAAAUGAGAAUGCUCCUCACAUUGUCUCAGGAGCACCAGUCCCUAUGGCAGACCGGGUCUCCAUGCCAAACUACAAUGCAGAAAAUGCCUACACCUCUAGUCCUUCUGCGAGUAAAGGAGACAGUGGCCUGGAGUCCAGGCUAGCUACAAUGCUUCCUUCUCUACAGCAACACACAGGUGAUGUGCGACACAGCUCCUCAGGUGACAGUUUGGUAUACAACCCUCCCCCAGUCUAUAAUCCACCACCAAAACACAGUGCCCUGAGGGCCAUCCAGUUAGAGAAUGGCAAUGAUGGGGAGAACACUCCAGUCAAAGAUGAAGGAAGCGCAACACCAGUUAUGGAUGAAAAGCCAGACAGUUCACCUCCAAGACCAAAGAAUCAAAAUCCCAUAGACUUUCUUACACAGAUUUUGUCCAAAACUACUAAAGGUUCAGAAACUGGGUCAAAUUUUCUUCAAAAUUUAUCGCUUUUGACAAGUACUGUAAAAUCUCAGUUUCAAAAAGGGAAUAUGAAUCAGCCCGUUCUACCUCCUGGACCGAUUCCUGCACCCGGUGUUCAGCCACCUCUUGGCCCACCCCCACAGCCCCCCAACUCCUGGGCUGAGUGGAAGGCACAGCGAGACCCCACUCCCCAACCUCCAACAGGUGUUCCUCCUCCUAUGCCUGUUGUCUCCCAGCCACCCCCUCACCAGCCCCCUAUGUCGCAGCCUCCUAUAAUGUCACAGCCCCAGAACAUGCCAUCUUCACAGCCUCCUGUGCCCCUAGCACAGGACCCCAUGUCUCGUCCCUCUGUUCCUCAGCUCCUUAUUCCUCCCCAAAUGAGGAACUCCCUCCAGCCUUCUGUUCGUAGCAUGCUAUCCCCACCCACAGCCAUUAGACCACCUCCCAUCCCACCACCUAUCUCGCCAGUAAGACCUCCAAACAUUGGGUAUCCUGCAACCUCUUUGUCAUCUAACCAAAUUCCCCCGCCUGUCAGACCUGAUGGAUGGAAUUUUCCCCAGCCUCCUCAUGGCGCCCCUCAGGGUCCUCCCCUUGGUCCUCCUCAAGGCUCUACCUCUCAGGGGCCACAGCAGGGGCCUCCUCCGCCAAAUCUUGGCCCCAUACAUGGUCCACCACAAAGCCCAGUUUCCCAACAACCCCAUUUUAUACUGCGUCCUGGUUUCCUUGGUCAACCUGCUGGUGGAUUCCAGGGACAGACAAACCAUAGUUCAUCUCCCCCGUGGAACCAAACACAGGGUCCCCCCCAGGGUGGGCCACCUGUCCAGCAGGAUCAGUCAUCUUCCCCCACAUCUCCAUUGCAGUCACCCCCAACUCCUCCCUCUGCACCUCCUAAAAGUAUUCUUAGAAACAGAAAAUCUAGUUUGAGAGAGGUGCCACUUACCCCUAGUCCUGGGGAUCCUGUAGAACAUUCCCCCAUGAAUUUACGUGUUCCGAAACCUCCUAUGGAACCUCCAAGUCCAGAUCAUAUAAGGUCUCUACGUUUAUCGCGGGAGGAUUCAGACUCUUCUACAGGUCAUGUGCCAGAUGACCACAAAGAAUUUCUAGAAAAACUAAAGAGGAAAACUACAAGUAAUAUGACUCGGCCUGCUCCUCCAUCCAUGGAUCAAGAAGACGAAGAGUCCAGAAUUCCUGUGUUCACACGUAAUGUUUCUCGGUCUAACCUGACUACAAUUACACCUGUGGAUCUUGAGGAACCUAACGAAUCUGAAAGUGCUGAAGAUAUAAAUAACCAGGAGAACAAUAACGAUAACAUCAUCACACAGAUAAGUACCAUAGACAGUAAUCCUAGGGAACCAGCAGACAAACUUGAUCCAGACGAUAUUCGACAUGUGGGUGGCCAGCGUCGCCACCAUGAUGACUUUCCUCCACCUCAUGAGAGGAGGCCGUAUGAUGAUCGUGGUGACUAUGAUCGCUUUGCCCGUCCUCCUGAUCAAGGCAGGGAAUACUAUGACCGAUACAGAGAUCAGUACUACAGAGGCCCGUAUGGGGGCCCACCUCCCCCUAAAAGGCCAUAUCCAGAGCCAUAUGAUGCCCACAGAAGACCUCCUAGACCGUAUUAUCGAUACUAAUGACUAGUUAUUGUCAUUCUGUUUGUACGGGACUGGCAGCAAUCCGGUGUGUUAGUGUUGUAAGGUGAUUGAAGUAUGAUAGAGCCACAAAACAUGUUCUCAUUGAAGUACAGUAAAUUGUUAUUGAUGUGCAAGUUAUUUGUCAAUUUUGUUUUAAGAUAACAAAUAGCAGUUAAACUGUUGCGUGCAUAUAUUUCUAAUGAAUUGUUGGAAUUAAAAUGCCACUUUUAACUUUCAAGACCGAAUAAUGUAAAUGUGAGGCGUUUAAUCUUCUGCAUUAGAUUGUUUGUAAUCUUAGAUAAUGUUUUAGUAAAUUGUUUAAUGUUUGGUCUUUAAAUUACAGAUUUAAGAAGUAAAAACAAAUAUUUCUGGUUAUGAAUGAGAUGAAAAAGUUCCUAUCAUGCUAGACUGCAAUUUAAGUAUAUGUUUGAUUAAUUGAGCAUGCAUACAUGUACUUCAUUUCAAAUUUAUCUUAAUUCUCGAAAUACAGAAAUGGCAUGAUGUACUAAUUGCAUCAGUUUCAUCAACACCUAUAUUUACAGCCACUAUUAAUAUAUUUCGUCUAUAUACACAGACAAACAUUAACUUGUAUCAUACUUUUAAUUGGCAUUUUUGGAUAGUUUAAUUUUCACAGAUGGAGCAUUGUCACAAGAAAUUCGAGAUUAAUUAUAUAUUACAUAUAUUCUUUCCUAGGAUUAUAGCUGUUACAGCAUUUCAAUAUAUUAAGUAAAUUGACUGUGUCUGUGAAACAGUUUGAAAUAUUUUCAGAUUAUUUGCUAAAAUCAUUGAAUGCUGAUUAAAGUAUAAGAUAAAUUUUGGUAUCUUGGUUUCAGAAGUACAUAAAAUCUGUGUAAUGUUAGUAUCUUGGUUUCAAAAGUACAUAAAAUCUGUGUAAUGUGGUGCUUGAUUAUGACAACACUGAUGUUGAAGCUGACUUUAAAAGGUGAAAUUUAAUUGAAAUAACUUGUUGGGUAAACUUUUAAAGUAUGGUAUGAUUAAGAAAUGUUUAUAUCAAAACUUUGCAGUUAUUUUUGCUUUAAUACAUGUGUGUAAAAUCUACAUUCAUAAUUCUCAUAAUGGCAUUAUUUAAAUUAAUGGGGAACAUAUUCUGAUACAGCAGGUUUUAUGCAGAGGAAAGUGUUAUCAUUAUGAAAGUAUGUAAGAUAAAUAUCAUGUCAUUGGCCAUCAUCCCCUGAUCUCGUCCUGUGCUGUGUGUCUACAGCAGGACCUGACCAGAAUCAUUUGCUAUACAGUGUGUUAGUGGCAUUGUUUGAUUGAUUGAUAGAGCGUUAAGGUGUAUGUUGAAUUGUGUGUGUCUAUUUUACAGUAACAAUCAUGUUUUAGAGAGCAGCAUUCUCUCUGAUGCCAUGGUGAAGGUGUCAGAAUGGUUUAUCAUCAUUAAUAGAACUGUAGGCUGAAGAAAAUGAUGAUUAAGUUGGUUCAUAAUAAAACAGUUAAUCAACUUUA